AUGUCUUCGUCAAAAGGAACUACUUUAUCUUUUCAGUAUCCACAAUUAUCUAAGCUCAACUAUGACAAUUGGGCAGCCCGAAUGAAAGCAAUUCUCGGUGCUCAAGGAGUGUGGGAGAUGGUUGAGAAAGGCUAUGUAGAACCAGAGAAUGUAGACAAGUUAACAGAAGCUCAGAAGGAAGAAUUAGAAAAUAAAAGAAAGAAAGAUCAAUGUGCACUUACUAUCAUUCAUCAAGGCUUGGAUGGUGAUAUGUUUGAGAAGAUUGUUGAUAAAACCAAUGCAAAGAAAGCUUGGGAUACUCUUCAAAAUUCCGUCAUAGGAGUUGAAAAGGUGAAGAAGGUUCGUCUUCAAACUCUAAGAGUUGAGUUUGAGUCUCUAAUGAUGAAAGAGACUGAAUCCAUUUCGGAUUAUUUCACCAAAGUUUUGACGGUAGGACACCAAAUGAAAAGGUUUGGAGAAAAAUUAGAAGAUGUUCGUGUUGUUGAGAAAAUCGUUCGUUUUCUCAACUCAAAAUUUUACCAUGUGGUGGUAGCCAUUGAGGAGUCCAAAGAUUUGGAUACGAUGUCUAUUGAUCAGUUGAAUGGUUCCUUACGAGCCCAUGAAGAAAGAAUGGAUAAAGGCAAGCAAGAACGUGUGGAGCAUGUCUUGCAGGCAAAACUUUCGUGGAAUGCUAGAGGAGAAACCAACGAAAGUGAAAGACAAGGACGAGGUCGAGGCCAUGGACGAGGACGAGGACGUGGUUAUGGAAGAGGAAGAGAUGAGAAAAAUUAUUCUCAAGAGAAAAGAAAUCAAAAUUUUUCUCGAGGUCGUGGAAGAGGAAGAACAGUUGACAAAAGACACAUUGAAUGCUAUUCAUGUGGAAAGAAUGGACAUUAUUUUUGGGAGUGUUAG